UUUCCAUUCGGGACGUUUGGUAGCCGAGAAAAUAUAGAAGUCGAAUACAAGCAUCUUGCAAAAGUGGUCAAAAAAAAAAAAUUUAUUCUGACAAUUGUCCGAGGAAGGCAUUAUAUACACAGACACAUGUAUAUAUUCUGAGAUCACUGCGAGAAGGAUCCGAAGCAAAUUCAAAUUCCAAUCAUCACCGGUGUAAUUAGGGCGUGAAUUUCAUAGUUUGUCAUCUCUUGCUUGAAGAUCUUCUCACCGUCUUCAAAGCUUCUAUGUAACAGGUUUAUUGUGUAUAUAUGCACAUUAUACAUACAUAUGCAUACGAUAUAUGUAUAUAGGUAUUAGGAUGGAGUUAUGAGAAGGAAUUAGAGAUGUCAGGAGGAGGAGGAGUUGAAUACAGCGAUCAUGCCAUACUGUUGCGAUCGAAUUCGUCAACUUCAGAGGGCGAUUUAGAGAGUCAAGGACAUCGCAAGAGUAAUAAAGGCCUUGCAGAUCUGCUAAAGCGAUUGGAUCGAGGGUUUUCAGGGCGUCGUCUCAGCAUCAAGCGUUCGGAGAGGGAUCAUUCAUCUUCUGUAGAUCAUGGCGCCAGCGGGAGUGGCGGUGAUGACAUCCUCGGCGAUAGCGCUCCGCCAGAAUGGGCGUUGUUGCUCGUUGGUUGCCUUCUUGGCCUCGCUACUGGUCUCUGUGUUGCCGCUUUCAACCGUGGAGUGCAUGUAAUACAUGAAUGGGCCUGGGCUGGUACUCCAAAUGAGGGUGCUGCUUGGCUUCGUUUGCAAAGGCUAGCUGAUACUUGGCAUCGGAUACUUCUAAUACCCGUCACAGGAGGAGUUAUUGUUGGAAUGAUGCAUGGUUUACUUGAAAUUUUAGACCAAAUAAAGCAGUCCAGUUCUUCUCCAGGACAAGGCUUUGAUUUGCUUGCUGGAGUCUUCCCCACUAUAAAAGCCAUCCAGGCUGCUGUUACAUUAGGUACUGGUUGUUCAUUGGGUCCUGAGGGCCCUAGUGUAGAUAUUGGAAAAUCAUGUGCCAAUGGGUGCUCAGUAAUGAUGGAAAACAACAGGGAAAGAAAAAUAGCUCUUGUUGCUGCUGGUGCAGCUGCUGGGAUAGCUUCAGGUUUCAAUGCAGCAGUGGCUGGUUGUUUCUUUGCUAUCGAAACUGUUUUAAGGCCUCUUCGUGCAGAAAACUCUCCUCCAUUUACUACUGCCAUGAUAAUAUUAGCAUCUGUCAUUUCAUCUACGGUAUCAAAUGCUGUACUUGUGGAGAAACAGGCUUUCACAGUGCCCACGUAUGAUUUGAAAUCUGCUGCUGAACUACCUUUGUACCUGAUAUUGGGUAUGCUAUGUGGGGUAGUAAGUGUAAUAUUCACUCGUUUGGUAACUUGGUUCGGUGAGGCGUUUGAGUUUAUCAAGGAAAAAUUUGGGGUCCCUGCGGUUGUGUGUCCUGCUUUGGGGGGUUUAGGAGCUGGGUUGAUAGCUCUCAAGUAUCCUGGAAUACUCUACUGGGGUUUCACUAAUGUUGAUGAAAUUCUUCAUACUGGAAAGAGCGUUUCAGCGCCUGGAAUCUGGCUGCUAGCUCAAUUAGCAGCAGCUAAAGUUGUUGCCACAGCUCUGUGCAAGGGGUCUGGACUUGUUGGUGGGCUGUAUGCUCCAAGUUUGAUGAUUGGUGCUGCUGUGGGUGCUGUAUUUGGUGGCUCAGCUGCCGAACUAAUCAAUUCAGCCAUUCCAGGAAAUGCUGCUAUUGCCCAACCGCAGGCAUAUGCACUGGUUGGAAUGGCUGCUACAUUAGCUGCAGUUUGUUCAGUACCCUUGACAUCAGUUUUACUUCUGUUUGAGCUGACAAAGGAUUACAGGAUCUUGCUUCCUCUCAUGGGGGCUGUUGGGUUAGCAAUAUGGGUACCCUCUGUAACAAAGCAGUGCAAGGAGACUGAGGCAUCCGAUUCAAGGAGCUCUACUAGGGUUUAUUCUGCUCUCUCACCCAUCGGAGACAAAAACAAAGGUAUUUCGAGACGAACUGGUGAUGGAAAUGAGUUAGAACUCUCUGUUAUGGGAAAUGGUGAAAACGGUGAAGUAAUUGAUGAAGAAAUUAUUCUGGAAGACCUGAAGGUUUCGCAGGCCAUGUCAAAGAACUAUGUGAAGGUUGCAGUAACUUUUACUGUGAAAGAGGCUAUAGUAUCUAUGCAUGACAAUCAACAGCAUUGUGUAUUAGUGGUUGAUGCUGAAGAUUUCUUGGUCGGAAUUUUAACGUAUGGUGACAUCAAAAGAUUUCUGUUAACCAAGUCUGGUGAUCUUUCUGAGGGCGAUUCAUCACUUCAGGAUGUAUAUACAUGCCUUGUUUCCUCCAUAUGCACUCGAGGGAUAAGUUACCGUGGGCGAGAGCGUGGACUUUUAACUUGUUAUCCAGAUAAUGAUUUGGGGAUUGCAAAGCAGCUAAUGGAGGCCAAGGGAAUAAAGCAACUACCUGUGGUCAAGCGCGGAGGAGAUUUCCAAAGAGAAACAAAACGCAGAAUCGUUGCUAUUCUCUAUUAUGAUUCAGUCUGGAGCAGUCUCAGAGAGGAGAUCAAUCACCGGAAAUCAGUCUAUAAUCAGAGAAAAGAAGACCAGCUUGAGGAGAUUAGUACAAAUGGCCAUUAAAAUGUUGAGGGAAGUGGUUUUCGGAACUUCCAAGUUUCAUUUGCUGCCAUAGUGAGACCAAAUUUUGAAAAUUAAACCCGUAAGGUGGCCAAUUUUGCAGCAUCCAGAAUUGGUAGCAAAAUAUAUUUUUUCCUUGAAUCCCUUAUUUUGAGGGCUGUGAUCAUUGUAAUGAUGGGUUAUGUUGAUAUCUGAAAUUAUGUGUAAUUUAGGGCAUGACAUUUUUAUACAUGGGAGUGUACUCCCCAAAACAGUAGGAUAAUAGAGAUGUAUUUGAUUGGAAAAAAUAGAAAAUACAUAUUUUUUUUUUUUUGAGAACGAAAAAAAAUAUUAAGUGUACUUACUGUGUGUAGAAAUUUACAUUAUUAUGCUCCUUUAGGUGGUGAUUUGGUGUUGAUGAGCCCAUGUCCUACCUAAAAGGCUCUUUUUGUACUUCUAAGUGUAGACUUGUACUCUUUCAAUGAUUAUUGCCAAAACUGCAAUGUAAAUGUCAAAAUUAAACA